CUGCUGCUCCUUGUUAGCCACGGCAGCGGUGAUGGGACAGAGGAGCCAGCGUCGCCCGGCAACCACAGACGAAUGGAACUACAAGGCUGGCUCGGAGAAGGUAAACAUGCGUGGGGUGUCCAACCUCACCCAGGUUCUGGACAACUGGAGGUUUGACAUCCUCACUGAGAUGAAGACACUGCUCCAGAACGACCACCAGUCACUACUGCCAGACUACGCCAGGAUCCAGCCCCUGUCUGAGGCUCUGAAUGACCUUUACAAGGAGUUCAACUCUCUCAAGGCUCACCUUGGUGAUCUCACAGAGAAAUUCGUCGCCAUAGAAACCUUCAUCGACGAGGUCAAGACUGAGCGGGCCAAUGGUGGCACCUUGGCCCCCGCCUCCAACCCAAACCCCGCCUCCAACCCAGUGCCAGCUAGGAGGAGAGUGGUCAAAAAGAAAGCUCCCGCCUCUUAAAUGACUAAAACUCCACCCCAUCCCAUUGACCCCACCCAACUCAUCCUACUCACCCCAACC